GAUUGAUUAUUAUUAUUAUUAUUAUUAAUGGCUUCCAUCAUUUCUUGUAAAGCUGCAGUCGCUUGGGAAGCAGGUAGACCACUUUCUAUUGAACAAAUUCAAGUAGAUCCACCUAAGAAAGGAGAAGUUCGUAUUCGUAUAGUCGCUACUGCACUUUGUCAUACUGACGCUUAUACACUUUCUGGUAAAGACCCAGAAGGUAUAUUUCCUUCCAUAUUGGGACAUGAAGGUUGUGGUGUAGUGGAAUCGAUUGGAGAAGGAGUAGAAUCUGUAAAAGUGGGUGAUCACGUCAUACCUUUGUAUACCCCAGAAUGUGGAAAGUGCGAAUAUUGUCAAUCGAAUAGAACCAACUUGUGCCCGGUGAUAAGAGCUACUCAAGGAAAGGGAUAUAUGCCGGAUGGAACAGUCCGGUUUCAUUGCAAAGGAAAGGAUAUUCACCACUAUAUGGGAACGAGUACUUUUUCUGAAUAUACUGUCUUACCUGAAAUAUCUGUUGCUAAAGUGGAUCCAUCGGUUCCUUUUGAAAGAGCUUGUUUGUUUGGAUGUGGUGUAACUACGGGUAUAGGAGCAGUAUUGAAUACUUGUAAGGUGGAAAGAGGUAAAACUGUUGGAGUAUUCGGACUUGGAGCUGUUGGACUAUCCGCUAUUCAAGGUGCAAGACUUGCUGGAGCUUCACGCAUUGUUGCUAUUGAUAUAAACGAAGGCAAGUUUGAGUUGGCAAAGAAGAUGGGAGCAACAGAUUGUGUGAAUCCGAAUAAAUAUGAUAAACCUAUUCAACAAGUAUUGAUAGAGAUGACCAAUGGUGGAUUAGAUUAUACAUUUGAAGCAGUAGGAAAUGUCAAGUUGAUGAGAGCAGCUUUGGAAGCUUGUCAUCGAGGAUGGGGAGAAAGUUGUAUUAUUGGUGUUGCUGGUGCUGGAGAAGAAAUAUCAACUAGGCCAUUUCAGUUGGUAACUGGAAGAGUAUGGAGAGGUUCAGCUUUUGGUGGUGUGAAAGGACGUUCUCAAUUAGGUGGAUUCCUUGAAAGAUAUAAACAGGGAGAAAUAUUUGUAGAUGAUUUGGUUACUGGAGAAUUGCCUUUUGAAAGUAUUCAACAAGCGUUUGAUGAUUUACACCAUGGAAAGGCUAUUCGGACUGUUUUGAAGUAUAAUCAAUAAAUUUGUGUGUGUGUGUGUGUUGAUCUAGGAAUAUAUAUAUAUAUUGUUUU